AUGCCUCCGAUCCGGACUCGGGACCGUCUUUUCCCUUCUAUGCACUCGGUUCUUCGUCAAGCAGAUUCUCUUCCUCCCAACAUGACGAUAUACUACCAACACGUUCCCUUGCCUUCCUUCGUCUUUCGAUACGAGCCCUAUGGCCAUGGCUACUUCAACAGGAAUCACCCCCUGAUGACUACAACUCACGACGGAGACAUUGAUUGGGAUGACCGUGUUUAUUUCACCGUGGCCCGACCUCAACCCACGAAAGAAGAGGUUGCCCUCGAAGAGGCUCUCCUGGAGCCUGAACCUCCUCGGGGCCACGUUAGACGCUUAUCUGUUCUUGUCAUAGAUCUAGCUCUUGCUGUCACUCGGCGUCUGCGCCUUACUCGUUUGGGCUAA